AUGGAUGCAAGAGUAUUACUUGACACUGAAACGGCCUUGUUGCACCUCACACCAGAAGAUCAGCUGCUCUUUCGAAAUCUUUUUGAAACAUUUCAAGAGCUUCACUUCGAGUUACACAACAACCCUCUCCGGGGCCGCUUGACUGACGAAGAAUUCGCCCACUACUCUCGAUAUCACACUCAAGCUGAACAAGCGAUGGGAUGUAUGGGCGACGCCGACUUUCUACGCUUGAAUUUAUUAUGGUCGCAUUGGACGAAUGUCAUUGGCCGCCUGGAGUUGGCUCGCGACAUCUCCUUCAAUAGACGAAAAGCUCGGGUCACAUCACAAUUGGACAUUCUUUCCAGACGAACCGCCGCCGAUGAGACAUCAGUCCCCGACGGUGCCUCUGAAUGCGUGGUUUGCAUAGAAGGGCUCGUUCGAUCCGAACAAACCGUUGUUCAACUUCCAUGUUGUCACUUUUUUCAUCGAGACUGCAUCCAACCGAAAUCCAAAAACUUUGUUUAUAAUCAGGGCCUCCGUCGACUUGGCCCUGCAUAG